GCGUCCUGGGCGUCCGCUCCGAAGUCCGCGCGCAGCAGAGAUGGACGGUUCCCCUGUGACCGAGCGAGACUGUGGUGCGUGCUGGUGGGACGUGUGACCGAAAAGUGCGCGACUUCCACCGUGAUCCGGAGAUUUCCGUCUGCGCAGCGACUUAAACAAUCGAAAUAGGACGCGAUCAAGUGGAAAACCAUGAACUGUCUAUUUACGCGGAGAGAUGGCAUGUGUGCUCCUCUUCCAUCGACUCUCUCCGCACUCGAACCGGCUCACGAAAACCACCAUCUGCCUGCUCUCGCUGCUCCUUUCCUACCUCUGCUACUGUGCGCUUUCCCCCGCCGACACCUUCAUGCAGAUGGUCGCUGAUUCGACUCCGAGUUGCCUGCGCGCCCUGGAGGAUGGAGGUGCCGUGCGUCUGCGCACAGCUUGCGCCGUUCCAUUGCAAGUAUCCGGACCCAAAGCUGACCAAAGACCCGCUACCCUCCUGGUGGUGAGGAACGACUCCUCCGGGGGUAAUUUCAAGUUUGGCAAUAAAAAGUUACCGAGUGCCAUCAUCGUGGGUGUGAAGAAAGGAGGGACCAGAGCAGUUCUGGAGUUCAUCAGGAUCCACCCCGAUGUGAGAGCCGCUGGUACCGAGACGCACUUCUUCGACAGGAACUAUAACAGGGGUUUGGACUGGUACAGGGGUUUGAUGCCACGGACUCUUGAAAGCCAAAUCACGAUGGAGAAGACGCCAAGCUACUUUGUUACAAAAGAGACGCCCCAUAGAAUCUCCACCAUGUCUCCAGACACCAAGCUGAUCGUGGUGGUGCGCGACCCCGUCACCAGAGCAAUAUCGGACUACACUCAGACUUUGACCAAAACUCCGGACCUGCCCAGCUUCCAGGAGCUGGCCUUCAGAAACCAGACGCUGGGUGUCGUGGACACCUCUUGGAACGCCAUUCGGAUCGGCCUGUACGCCCUGCACCUGGAGAACUGGCUCCGCUACUUCCCGUUGACUCAAAUUCAUUUUGUUAGCGGGGAGCGGCUCAUCACGGACCCGGCCGGGGAGUUGGCGCGGGUGCAGGACUUCCUCGGCUUAAAACGCAUAGUCACAGAUAAGCAUUUUUAUUUCAACCGCACCAAAGGCUUCCCCUGUCUGAAGAAGCCCGAGAGGAGCGGGUCGCCCCGCUGCCUGGGCAAGUCAAAGGGCCGGACCCACGUGCAGAUCGACAGAGACGCCAUCGAGCAGCUCCGCGACUUCUACAGGCCCUAUAAUGUCAAGUUCUACGAAAUGGUGGGCCACGAUUUUAAGUGGGAGUAGACCAGUGCACAGCGAGGAUUUCGCUUGAAGUCAUUCAUCAGCAAGGAGGAAGAUGUUGCUCGCAGCUGUCUCCGGAGGAUUUGCAAGUGACGCAGCACACCUUUUUCUCCAAUGUGACUAAUGAACUGGGAACUCUCAAUGACAUUGCUUAGGCACUUGUAACGAUGUGUUUGCAGCCAGCGCCGGCGCUUGAUCUGGUCCCAUAAUAUGCAAUCAUUUCCCUUUAGAGGCUUUGUGACUGCUUUCCUCAACUUGCUGACCAUUUCACAAAGACGGGGGAAACUCCAGGAAAUAGGAUUAGUUCCUCUUAAACCUGCUUUACUAAUCACGGCAGAGUUUGAAAGCAAGACCUUGGAAAAUGUCAGUGGAGUCUUCAGGGAGAGCAGAAUUAAGCUUCAGUGCUGUCAUGCUAAAUCUGAAAUUUAAAGCCAUAACGCAAGUCUGAGCCACCCUAAUAUUAUUUUCUGUGGGUCUCAUCAGUUUUUUUCUAUGCAGGGUGAAAAAGCUUCUCUGACAUUCUUACCAGCAUGAAACCUUCAGCACGUUUUCCUGUGCCAGAGAAUACAUCUUCUAUUUAUCCUGGACUAAUAUUUCAUCAUCGCUGUCUUCUCCGAACAUCUUUCAUUUACCACUGUAUAUUCACAUGGACACUGCUGAACAUGGAGCGUUUCACAGCACUGUGAUGACCUAAAUCAUAUUAAUGGCUCUUCCGGAAAAAAAAAAAAAUAAAGAAAAGAAUGAUGCAAUGCAAUAUCCCUGGUACAGCAAUCGAAGCUGCUCUGAUGUAAUAAACUGAGCUGAAUUUAGUUUCAAUAUUUCUUAGGAAAAAUGAGGCCUGUCGUUACAGUGUUACAAAAAAAGCGAAGAUUCUGGUUAUUAUUUGGAAUUUACAGUCAUUACCAUGGAUCAUGGACAUGAUAUUUCUUAAGCAUUAUAAGAAAAAAGUCUUAGCUGUGAAAACUAUCUAGACAAGUGUGAGGAUUAUUUUACACUGUGGCAUCAAAGACAUUUUCCCAUAUUCCUCACAUGGGCUGAAUUUUCAACAAAAUCCUCCAAAGUUAAUUGUAUUCCGAGAGGUUUGUUGUGAGCCGGGGUUCUGCAGUGUGGAUGUGUGGGUGUAAGCGGAAGGAAUUUCAAUCGCUUUUCAAAGACAAAGGAGGAAACACCUGACUGUGGCAGGUUAUCAAACAGAAGGGCCGGGUGGCACAUGAUUGCUGGGAAAAGUUUGGAUUUGCUUCGCUGAUGUGCAUACUAAGGCGGUGCAAACUGGAAGACAAAAAAACACCAGUCAUUCAGCUGAUGAUGGGGGCAAAUGAACGGCAGUUGUGUGAGUGACAUCUGUAUUUUCCAAAGUAUAUGAAACGCCUCAAUACUCACAGGUUAGUUUGUCAUGUAAUGAGGCAAUAAAUGUGUCACUUCCUGUAAUAU